CUUAAACUCAAAUGGAUACCACCGCGUCGUUGAAGGCUAGGAAUGCAACGAUGUGCCCCGUAAUCAACUAGUCGACCCAAAGGAAGGUGGUCACUCGCGACCGCGAAGGCUCUCAAAAGAGGGGAACGCGUCCUUCUUGGUCUUCUUCCCAUCGACAUUCGACAAAGCUAACAUCAUCACCAUCGACAAGGAACAGGACCCUCAAAGCAGAGACAGAUAUCCAUCCAAAGACACCAGCCUUUAGUCCGAAAACGGAAAGAGAGAGAAAAAGACAUCAGAGACUACCAACUGCCGCAGCUCGCUCCUUCUCAUUGCACACCAUUGUCACCAUUCUCUCGACAAAUCCUCGUCGUUGAUUCUACAUACGGCAUUUCCAGUCAUGGCUACCUCAAUCGCAGCAGAGACAUCAACCUCGGGGGAAUCAUUCAAGUCCUCUUUUGGACAACGUCUGGAACCCUAUCUAGCCCUAUCAAAGUCAGCCAAAGGUGCAGGAUGUGUCCAGCUCAUCAAGGAUGUCUUGGCUGCGCCUGGCGUCAUGGUCUUUGGCGAGCUUCUCGAUAUGCCCAACGUUGUAGAGCUGAGGUCCAGCCCUGAGCACGCAAAGUACCACAGGCUCCUCGAGAUCUUCUCAUUUGGAACAUAUCAGGAUUAUCAACAGAACAAGGACAGCUUGCCAGAGAUCACUGAGGCCCAGAGGACCAAACUGCAGCAGCUCUCAAUUGUCACGCUCUCUGAGCGAGUGCGGGCCAUCCCAUACAAGGAUCUGCUGGAGUAUCUCGAGAUUGCCAAUGUGCGCCAGCUGGAGGAUCUGAUCAUGGAUGCCAUAUACCAAAAUGUGAUCAAUGCCAACUUGGAUCAGAAGCUAAAACUGGUCGAGGUCCACUCGGCCAUGGGACGAGACUUGCGUCCAGGCCAGGCCCAAAUCAUGCUCAAAGUGCUGGAAGACUGGACGAAAACCUCGGAGGCAUUGCUGUUAGCAUUGGAUGCUAAGAUGGCCCAGGUGCGGGAGAACCAUGAGAAAGAAAAGCAGGCAAAGGAGGCAUUUGAAAAGGAACUGGAGAGGAUCAAGGAGAAUUCUAGUUCAGGGUCUGGAAAGCAUCGCAAGACAGGAGGAGGUGGACCACAUAUGAUGGACUAUGAAAUGGGCGACCAGCACUUGUUCCAGAGCCCAGAAUUCAUGGGUGAGAUUGAACGCAUUACAUUCGGUAGCGGCAAAAGAAGCGGCAAGCGCGUCCCCCCUCGCGGCUGAAAAAGAAAACCAGGAGCGGGGGAACACGUUUUUAACAGCAUAGCGACUACUAUGGCCCGUCAUCUCUGAACAUGGCGCCAUAUGACAGCAGCACAGGGUACUGCAAGAAAAUAAAGCCAUGCAUCAACAGCAAC